AUGGCGUCUUUGAUAAGCUUCAAGCGCAUCCCUGCUUCCUUUCCUGGACAUGCCUCUCCCCGCUGGCUCCACCGUGACCUCCCUACUGGCCCUCUCCAACGCCCUCAGCCUGGCACCGUGAAGACCGUUGCCAUCCUCGGUGGAAGCUACGGCGGGGCCCGCGCUGCCGCUAUCCUCGCCCAGGGCCUCCCCCACGGCUGGCGUCUCGUCCUCCCCCGGUACGCCGUCCUCCCCGGCCAUGACUCGCACAAGGCCUUUAUCCCCUACAACAACGUCGUCCUCCCUUUGGGCACCGGCUCCACCCUCGGCUCCUUUGUUUCUGCCGCAUACACGGACCCCGCACGCACGGUCCUGCUACACGCAUCCGUGACGUCCCUCGCGACACACACCUCACCCUUGACCCUCAUCUAUGCCCUCGGCUCGCACCUCCCCUCGCCCAUCAACCUCUGGAACCCCGCCGCGGAGAAUGUGGAGAAGGCGGAGGUGCUCGAUGUCGCGCGCGGCACAAAGGAGGGCGGGGUCGCGUUCCUCAUGCAGUUCCAACUCCGCGUUUCGCGCGCAGCUUCCGUCCUGGUCGUCGGUGGGGGUGCCCUCGGUAUCCAUGUCGCCGCGGAUAUCGCGGGGAUCUAUCCAGCCAUCAAUGUCGCCUUACAACACUCUCGUCACCGUCUCCUGCCGAGGUUUCACGAGUCGAUGCACAGCGAGUGUAACCUGUCCGCUCUGAACGUUUGCACUAUCCUCGGCGACCGCCUCGACCUCGCCUCACUCCACGACAACAAGCACUGCAACGGCGAGCGCGUCGUCCACACACAGACCGGACACAAAGUACAGGCCGAGCUGGUGCUGCUCUGCAUCGGCCAGACCCCCGACACGCAGCUCCUCCGCGACGCCUUCCCUCAGUCUGUCGUCGCCGAUGGCCCUGACAAAGGGCUCGCACGCGUCCGGCGCACGCUCCAGCUCUCGGAGCCCGUACACGAGUCCGAACCCCCGACCGCUGUCCACGACUUCUCCAUGCUCUCCGUCGUGACGGCCUCCACCUCUGCCGGACCCUUGUCGACAGAGCCCUCCCCCGCCAACGUCCCCUCAACCGACGCGUCCGAUCCUGCGACCUCCGCUGAUGCGUCCGAGACCCCGUCACAGGCGGAUGAGGCGCAGCUCGAGGACAUCGAGGACGCGAGGACGCGCCUCGCGGCGGCGCACAUCUUUGCGAUCGGGGACUCGGUGGACGCCCUUGGCGCGGUGAACGCGGGGCACAAUGCGUUCUUCCAGGGCGAGGUCGCGGCACAGAACGUCGUCCGGCUGAUCAAGCGGGAUGAGCGCGAGCAGAGGGCCGAAAAGACGGAGGAGCAGAACCUCGCGCUGGAGAAGUACGCCCUGGGCGCGCCGGCGAUCAAGGUGUCCCUCGGUCUGCCAAAGUCAGUCUACCAGUACCAGGGCGUCAUCGGCACGCGCGAUCAGGAACAGGCCGACCUCGACAUCCACAUGAUGUGGCACUACUUCGGGUAUGAGGUCGAGCGCGGGGACCUCGACGCGGACCGCCCGGACGAGGAGAUCCCAGGCGCGGUGCCGCGACCGGUGUAUACGACGAAGGAGGUCAAGGCGUGA